CAAGAUAAAUUUUUUGGCAAUAUUGUACCAAGACAACUACCUUAAAGCCUAAUUUGAGUUACUCUCACUUACUCUAGACACGCGGGGAUGUAACUGGAAAUUCUAAAUUUCUAAAAAAAUAAUUAACGAAUCAACUCUUUGGCCUGUAAACCUUGUAGAGGGUUUGAAAACAAUUGAAUUGGUAUAUAAUAAUCAAUAAAAAUAAAUUUAUCGAGAGUUUAAGAGCCUAUCAUCCCGACCAUACGGAUUGUCUCUUAUUUAUUGAACUAUUGAACGCGAGGAUUUAAAUUUAAAAAUUCUAAAUUUAUAAAAAAAUAAUAAACUAAAUAAUAAUUAUAAAUUAAUCUAUCGAGAGAUUUAAAACUUAUUAUAAAAGUUUUUUUCCUUAAUUAUAGGUGAAGAAGCACUACUGUCCCCCGUAGUGGGUGGACCGAGUGUUACCUGUAGUUUCUACACCAAGAAUAACAACAACAAUAACAACAAUGAAGAACAACAAAUUAUCGAAGACAAUAACAUAAAUUCAUACUUUUUACGGUCUAAAAUUCGGCUUUACGAUGACUUAUCAUCAUCAUCAACGUCAUCUUUUAACAACGACCAUGAAAAACAAAAUCCUCGUCAACUUAUUUCCGUAAAAUGCAAAAUAAACGCCAAGAAAGAUAUUAGUAAAUAUUUUGAUUAUCCCAACCGGGAAAAUAAUCAAUCGCAGAAUUAUAAUUUGAAAAAAAACCUUUUCAAUCUAACUGGGAACGAGGACGCUCUUGACGAUACGGUAAUGGGUUCUAAUUUGAGUCGUCACCAUGGUAAAGGUCUUACGGGACGCAGAACACAGUCAUCAGGAAAUCUUUGUGACUCAAAAGGAAAGCUUAGUCAUGUUGGUAAAAUGCUUGUUCCUUGUUCGAGUUCAUCGGAGGACAGGUACAAAUUCUCUGGGUCAUUACCAAAUAAUUUAGAUAAUGAUCAUGAUUUUAUGCUGGUAAAUAACAACAAUGUAUUAACGGAUACAAUAGCUGGAAAUUUAGGUGGUACUUUACCACAUAAAAAGUCAUCAGUACAAUUCAAUGAUGAGGUGACUGAUUUCACACAAUAUCGACUGCAAACACUCGAAGGCGACCCUUGGGAGUAUCAUCAAAAUGACAUUGACAUAGUGCGGUGUAAGCAUGGAAAUUUGAAUUUAGUAAGAAAAAGUCAACAUAAUAAUACUGAGGAGUAUAUUCCGUCCAAUAAUCAGCAUUAUGACUCGGAAUUUAUGGGCACGUUGCCUAAAAGAAGAAUCGACCCAAAGUGGUGUGAUCCAACAAGCAUCCAGUCGAUUGUUCAGCAGUAUAAUCAACACGAGCCCGGUGAAAUAGACUCGAAUUAUCCGCAGAAUGUUAAAAUUAUUCACAAGCCCACCUGUGAAUUGAUGAAGCAUCAUCGUCAGCAAUUAAAACGUCUUGAUGAUUUUAAUUCAAAGCCUACGUCAAGUGAACAUCAAGAUCAAGGAUACGCGUCUGAGCGAUCACCUGAAGAUGAACAUCCGCCUCUAUUAGCAAUUAAUCCAGAGAACACAUUUCAGGUGACCUUACAGAAAAGUAGCCGUGGUCUUGGAUUGAGUGUUUCCGGCGGUGGAAAAUCAGGCCCGGUUAGAGUUAAAAGACUUUUUCCCCAACAGCCAGCGGCGCUUUCCAAUAAACUCGAGCCUGGUGAUAUUCUUUUAGCGGUUAAUGGAAUUCCACUUACUGGUCUAACUAAUUAUGAAGCACUGGAAGUACUGCGUACAACUUCAAGUACUGUUGAAUUAUUAGUAUGUCGAUUACCUGGUGAACCUAGUAUUACACCACCAAGAGCACCACCAACUCCACCAACACGCCGAGAAGCUUCAUUGCCAUCACGUUUUCUCAAACCCGUACCUCCUCUUAAUAUCGAGCCAUGUGGUGAAUUCGAUAUUGAAAUGACGAAAGUAGCUGGCAGCUUGGGAUUUACCUUGAGAAAGGUCGACAGCAGUGCUCUAGGUCAUUAUGUAAGAGCAUUGGUACGUGAACCGGCAUUGAGUGACGGGCGUAUUCAACCAGGUGAUAAAAUAGUUACGGUGGAUGGUGUACCACUGUCUCCAAUGAGCCAUGAAGAAGCUGUUGCAUUAUUACGUCAGUGUGGUCCUAGAGUUAAAUUACGUCUUUACCGCGAUUUAACUCAAACUCCAGUAUCGGCACUAUCACCAACUGAACCUGACCAUCCUUUACGUCCACCACGAACUAGCCUCAGAAAAGAGGCUGUAGAUAUGCUGUGUGAUUUAGCAGUCCGGAAAUUAUCACCAAACGGAUCAAACGGAUCAAUGUCACAAAAUCCAACGGCUACUAAUAGUUCACCUAGACGAUUGCGUCGUCCUGCAUCAAGAACGUCAAUGAAUGAUGAAAAAAAUGAUAAUAACGAUACACCAAGCAAUAAUAAUUUAAAUCAAAAUAAUUCACAAUUAAAUAAUAGUAAAGCAUUACGGCCGAAUUAUCUUAAUUUAUCAAAUGGUGAAUUAAAGUCUGAAAUGAGCGAUGAUCAAAAUAUUGAAACAGUUAAUUCGUUAACUAUUAAUGCUAAUGAUUGUGUGGAAACAGAUGAGUAUUAUGAUAACGACACGUUAAUUGGUGAUAUGCAGGAUAGUAAUUUACCGCUUGAACCGGCAUCAAUGCCACCAUUAGCAUUCGAUACUGAUAAUAACACCUCUGAUGCUAAUUUCAGUUAUAAAAAUCCUGCGUACCAAAGUGCUAAUCCGACUUGUAGUGGCAAUGAUAAUAUUAAAGCCAAAGGUACAUAUUCUAGUGAUAAAAACAUUCCAGGAAAAAUUUCAACUGUUCAAGAUCCCGCUGGCAGUAAAAGUUUGCUGAAGUGGAAGGGUGUUAUGUUUGCACCGGACGACAGUAAUGAGAACGGUGAUAAUACAACUAAAAAUGACAAUUUCAAUGGUACUGUUACUAAGGAAGAUAAAUACAAAGACUGCGAGGUAUUUAUGGUUGAAUUAACACGUGGUUGGAAUAGUCGUUUAGGAUUUAGUUUACAGUCACACGAAAACUCAACUAUAAUAUCAAUGGUACAUCCUGAUAGUGUAGCUGCUAAAGAUGGGCGAUUGCGGCAGGGUGAUGUGUUACUCAUGGUAAACGAUGAAAGCGUAGAACACAUGCCAACAUCUGACAUAAUUGAUUUAUUGCGAAAAAUUCGUGGUUCUAUCGGCAUCACAGUUGCAAGGCAAAAAAAAAGUAACGACACGUGA